AUGGGAGAACUGCGAGGUGAAGCUUCGGAAGAUUUUGCUCAAGCGUGGAGUCGUAGGUCGGCGCCUAUAACUCAGAAUUUUAUACAUAGGUAUUAUGAUUAUCUCCGCCAGAACGCUUCUGAAGCGAAGACUGAAGAACUAAAAGCUCCCAAAUUUUUAGGAUGUAUUAGGUAUACGCUACAGAAACUUGGGAUAUGGAGGACUGAUAAUAUUAUUGUUGAUAAGUUACUACAAGAAAAGGAACAUGCUACUUCUUAUGAUGACUGGUUAGCUGCGUCUGUGCGAUUGGAUGAGCUGACACAGAAAGAGCGCUGGAAACAGGAGGAGGAAAGUUCUCUUUACGACUGGUCACUGGUGAAGUACUACACGGAGAAAAUGCGGGCGGCUAGGGAGAAGGAGGAUUGGCGGCAACUUUUGUAUAUAAUUAGGACUACCUGGGUGCGCGAUCUUGGGAAUAUUUGCAACGUGAACUUGUAUCGUCACUCGCAUGUUGGCACCAAGUACAUAGUUGAAGAGUACUUGGAGGAGAGCAAGCGGUCUUUACACGAGUUAGUUUACAAGUCCAAUUUGGAUGUAAAGUAUAUGCUCAGCACGCUCAUUCAGACGCGUAAAAAUAUCGGUAGAACAGCACUAGUUUUGAGUGGUGGCAGUACCUUUGGGUUAUUUCAUGUCGGUGUACUUUCGACGUUGUUUGACCAAGACCUUGUGCCACGUGUAAUAAGCGGUACUAGCGCGGGGGCCAUGAUUGCUUCUAUUAUGUGCGUACACCAUAAGCACGAAUUGAGGGACUUAGUGUCAGAUUUACUUGAGAGGGAUUUCAAUAUAUUUCAAGAUGAUUCACAAAAGUCCAGCAAGGAGAAUUUCUUCAUCAAGCUAUCCCGUUUCUUGAAGAAUGGGACGUGGUUCAGCAACAAGAAUUUAAUUGAUACUAUGAUGGGAUUCUUAGGAGAUCUAACGUUCCGCGAAGCGUACAACAGGACGGGAAAAAUAUUGAGUAUAACAGUGUCUCCUGAGUCUCUACAUGAACAGCCGCGGUUAUUAAAUUAUUUGACAGCCCCGAACGUUUUAAUUUGGUCAGCUGUGUGUGCAUCAUGCUCAGUACCAGGCGUAUUUCCUUCAUCCACGAUUUACGAAAAAGACCCUAAGACGAACAAAACCACAGAAUGGAACAGUAGCUCAGUUAAAUUUGUGGAUGGAUCUGUGGACAAUGAUUUGCCCAUCGCAAAAUUAUCUGAAAUGUUCAAUGUUGACCAUAUAAUUGCAUGCCAAGUAAACAUUCAUGUUUUCCCAUUCUUAAAAUUAUCAUUAUCCUGUGUUGGAGGGGAAGUCCAAGAUGAGUUUAGUGCAAGGUUAAAACAGAACCUUUCAGCGGUUUACAACUUUUGUGUGAACGAAGUGAUCCAUUUAUUAGAACUUGGUUCAGAAGUUGGAAUCGCAAGAAACUUUUUCAGCAAGUCAGCCUCUGUAUUGUCCCAACAGUAUUCAGGAGAUAUUACUAUUUUGCCGAACCUUACAAUGCUGUUCCGAAUUGGUGAAUUAUUGACAAAUCCAACAAAAGAAUUUUUACUUAGAGAGGCAGUCAAUGGAGCGCGUGCUACUUGGCCUAAGAUAUCUAUAAUUAAAAAUCACUGUGAACAAGAGUUCGAGCUCGACCGAGUGAUUAAUUACUUGAAGGGCAAACUUAUUUCCAAUCCGUCGCAGACGCGUGGGCCAUUUCAAAUUGUGGACAGUUCAAUUUCUUUGAUUAACUCUCCCAUUAUUUAUCACCAGGAUCAUUAUCCAACGGUUCGUGGAUUAGCUGAUACACCACGCAUAAGAGGUAAUCCAUCGGAUAGGCUAGUUAGACGCUUGACCUCUUAUAGACCAUUACCAUCACAUGGUUCGCGGGCAAAGCAAAAGAAACGCAGAAAAUCGGAAUCUUCAUCUGCAGGACUAGGCAGUCCUGAACUUUAUCUUGAGCGGUCUGUAUCAGGAUCGACUUUUGUGCAGCAAAGUAUGACACCACUCGCAAUUGGAAAUAAUACAAUGAGUUCUGAGGCUAAGCGUAUCCCUUCAAAUAGAUACAACUCCUUAUCUGCAGGCAGAAAGUCAAGUUCUUCUGGAGGGAAAUCCGGUGCUGAUUACGCUAACUCAGAUACUCCACUGAAGAAGGACUAUUCGAUUACUACGGAGCAAAAGGCAAAAAACUUCCUUCCAGAUGACUUGUCUUUGCAUACCAAUGUUUCUCCAGAAUUAAAUUUGGAUGACGUACCUUCAGCAACUGAGCAGAUUCAGGUUCAAAAUGAACAGAAUUGUCUAUUCAACCAAGGCAAGAAAUCGGUAGUUAAAGAAGUCUCCCCCAAUAGCGAUGAGGAGUUUACAUUCGCUAUGGAUGACACAGAUCAUAUAAUUGCUGGUCUAUAA